UCAGGACGUUCUGACCUACGAUUGGUGCAAAGUUACCCGCGAAAAUUACGUCACUCGCAGUUUCGCGCCAGUUUGUUUGCAAGGAAGCCGCACACAACACAAGAUCACCUGAUUGCGAUGUCUUCCCCGAUGUCAACCCCGGGUGGUAAACGUGGAAGGCCCUCCAACCCAUCCACCCCUGCCAGUGAAGGUGCCACGUCUCCCCCGGCCCAGCGGCGCCGAGGACAGCCUUCUUCUAACGGGGACCUGCCUCUGAUGCCCACCUCCCCACCAACUGACAUGCCCGACCCCCUCCAGGACACCUCUCUCUUCUCCAGCCCCCGUCGCUCAGUCCUCCCUAGUGAGGUGGACAUGAGCUCCCCUCUGAUGUACGGGACCCCCAGCUCCAGGGUUGACGGGACGCCCCGCAGUGGGGCCCGUGGCACCCCAGCCCGACAGCGCCCCGAUCUGGGUUCAGUCCGCAAGUCCAAACAGGUGGACCUCCAGUCUGAGCCGCCCACUGCCGACGGGGCCGCUGCCGCUGAGCAGCCCGCCGGACAGAGGCUGGUCAUCUGGGGGACGGACGUCAACGUGGCCACCUGCAAGGAGAAGUUCCAGAGGUUCUUGCAGAGGUUCAUCGACCCCAGCUCCAAGGAGGAUGAGAACUCCUGCCUGGAUCUCAACGAGCCGCUGUACAUGCAGAAGCUGGAGGAGAUCAGCAUCGUGGGGGAUCCAGUGCUGAACAUUAACUGUGGCCACGUGUCCUCGUUCGACGCGGAGCUCUACAGACAGCUCGUCUGCUACCCGCAGGAGGUGAUCCCCACCUUCGACAUGGCGGUGAACGAGCUGUUCUUCGAGCGGUUCCCCGACUCCAUCCUGGAGCACCAGAUCCAGGUGCGGCCGUACAACGCCCUGAAGACCCGGAACAUGAGGAGCCUCAACCCAGAGGACAUCGACCAGCUGAUCACCAUCAGCGGCAUGGUGAUCCGCACCUCACAGCUCAUCCCCGAGAUGCAGGAGGCCUUCUUCCAGUGCGCGGUGUGCGCCUUCAGCGCGCGCGUGGAGGUGGACCGCGGGCGCAUCGCCGAGCCCGCCGUGUGCCGCAACUGCAACACCACCCACAGCCUGGCGCUCAUCCACAACCGCUCCAUGUUCUCCGACAAGCAGAUGGUUAAGAUCCAGGAGUCGCCGGAGGACAUGCCUGCCGGCCAGACCCCCCACACCACGGUGGUGUACGCCCACAACGACCUGGUGGACAAGGUGCAGCCCGGAGACCGCAUCAACAUCACCGGCAUCUACCGCGCCGUGCCGAUGCGUGUCAACCCCCGGCAGAGCAACGUCAAGUCGGUGUACAAGACGCACAUCGACGUCAUCCACUUCCGCAAGACGGACGAGAAGCGCCUGCACGGGCAGGACGACGAGAACGAGCAGCGGCUGUUCACGGAGGCCCGAGUGCAGACGCUGCGUGAGCUGGCCGCCAAGCCCGACGUCUACGACAGGCUCUCCUCUGCGCUGGCCCCCAGCAUCUACGAGCACGAGGACAUCAAGAAGGGCAUCCUGCUGCAGUUGUUCGGCGGCACCCGCAAGGACUUCAGCCAGACGGGGCGGGGCAACUUCCGGGCGGAGGUCAACAUCCUGCUGUGCGGCGACCCCGGCACCAGCAAGUCCCAGCUGCUGCAGUACGUGUUCAACCUGGUGCCGCGCGGCCAGUACACCUCGGGCAAGGGCUCGAGCGCGGUGGGCCUCACGGCCUACAUCAUGAAGGACCCCGAGACGCGGCAGACGGUGCUGCAGACGGGCGCGCUGGUGCUCAGCGACAACGGCAUCUGCUGCAUCGACGAGUUCGACAAGAUGAGCGACAGCACGCGCUCGGUGCUGCACGAGGUCAUGGAGCAGCAGACCCUCUCCAUCGCCAAGGCGGGAAUCAUCUGCCAGCUGAACGCUCGCACCUCCAUCCUGGCAGCGGCCAAUCCCGUGGAGUCUCAGUGGAACCCCAAGAAGACCACCAUCGAGAACAUCCAGCUGCCCCACACUCUGCUGUCCAGGUUCGACCUCAUCUUCCUCAUGCUGGACCCCCAGGACGAGGCGUACGACCGUAAGCUGGCCCACCACCUGGUGUCGCUGUACUACCAGAGCGAGGAGCAGCUGGAGGAGGAGAACCUGGACAUGGCCGUGCUCAAGGACUUCAUCGCCUACGCCCGCUCCUACAUCCAGCCCAAGCUGAGCGAGGAGGCCGGCCAGGCCCUCAUCGAGGCCUACGUGGAGAUGAGGAAGGUGGGAAGUGGGCGGGGCAUGGUGUCGGCCUACCCCCGGCAGCUGGAGUCCCUGAUCCGCCUGGCCGAGGCCCACGCCAAGGUGCGCUUCAGCGACAAGGUGGAGACCAUCGACGUGGAGGAGGCCAAGAGGCUCCACCGCGAGGCCCUGAAGCAGUCGGCCACCGACCCCAGGACCGGUUUUGUGGACAUAUCUAUCCUCACCACAGGAAUGAGCGCCACGGCCCGCAAGAGGAAGGAAGAGAUCACGGCGGCCCUGAAGAAGAUGCUCCAGUCCAGAACCAAGACCCCCGUCAUGAAGUUCCAGCAGCUGUUCGACGACCUCAGGGGACAGUCGGAAACUGCAAUCACAAAGGAUCAGUUUGAGGAGGCCCUCAAAGCUCUGUGUGAUGAGGAUUACCUUACCAUCUCUGGGAAGACCAUCAGACUGGCGACCUAACGCUCUUAUUGUGAAGGAUGGAACAGAAGACAUCAGUCUUGUGUCUGAGAAGAUGCUAGUGUAAAAAUAUGUAUUAUAGUAGUAAAUGUGUUACAAGUUGUAUACUUCUGUCUUUUUUUUGCUGGUUUGUUGUGGAUUUGAGGAGGUUGCUGGUUCAAAGGGGUGAUAUUGUGGUGGCUAUAAAAAGAGAAUGUCAUAAAAUGAAAUAUUAAGACAAAUAGUGUUUAUUUCCCUUGAAGUUGUCUGACUGUUAAUGUUUAAUUGUUUAUUGCUUGGCACAAUUUGGUUUAGAAUGGAGAUUGGACCCAGAUUGGAAUGGUUAACAGUUUUUCCCUUUUUUAUAAAGUGUCCAAAAAAAAAUGUAUGUCAACGAUUAAAAAUAAAUAAUAUCAAAAA